CACGCGCACGCACACACGCACUCACGCGCACGCACACACGCGCCGACUAUACCGUGCAGACAGACAGCGCGCUGUGAACGAGGCAGCAGUUUGUAGACCUUCAUGAGCCACUUGGACUUUCGCAGUCAAGGCGAAUGGUGUGAGCGGCGAGACGCGCUGAAGAGGCGGCCAUGUUGGUGCUCGGGGUUUUGGCCGGAUUCUGCCUCUGCAGCGCGGCCGCCUCCGGUUACGGGAGAUGGAGCAAUAACUUUCGCCCCAGCUCAAAUGAAGUGGACAAACCCGGCUCGCAGCCGCACAUCAUUUUCGUUAUGGUGGACGACCAGGGCUUCAGGGACGUGGGAUAUCACGGAUCCGAAAUCAAGACGCCGACCCUGGACUGGCUCGCAGCGAACGGAGUGAAGCUGGAGAAUUACUACGUGCAACCGCUGUGCAGUCCAUCCCGCAGUCAGCUCAUGACCGGCAGGUAUCAAAUCCACACUGGGCUCCAACACUCCAUAAUCCGCCCCACUCAACCCAACUGCCUCCCUGUAGAAAACGUCACUCUCCCCCAAAAGCUCAAGAAUGCAGGAUAUGCGACACACAUGGUUGGCAAGUGGCACCUUGGUUUCUACAAGCGUAGCUGCAUGCCUACACAGCGUGGCUUUGACACCUUUUUCGGCUCCCUUCUAGGGAGUGGUGACUACUACAGCCACUACAAAUGUGACGGCCCUGGACUGUGUGGCUUUGACUUGCAUGAAGGCGAGGAAGCUGCGUGGGAGCAAGACCGAGGCAUCUAUUCCACCCACAUGUAUACUCAAAAGGCAGUACGUAUUCUAGCAUCACACAACCCAAAACAACCUAUCUUCCUGUACUUGGCAUACCAGGCAGUGCACUCACCUCUGCAGGUUCCUGCUCGCUAUCUGGAACGCUAUAAAUCCAUCCCAAAUCUGCAACGUCGCAAAUACGCAGCCAUGGUCAGCUGCUUAGAUGAGGCUAUGCGCAACUUAACUCUUGCACUCAAACGCUACGGCUACUAUGACAACAUGGUCUUGGUGUACUCUUCGGACAAUGGGGGUCAACCUCUGUCAGGUGGCAGUAACUGGCCGCUAAGAGGUAGUAAGGGAACCUAUUGGGAGGGCGGUAUACGGGCAGUGGGGUUUGUGCACAGCCCCCUACUUGUGAAGCGAGGUACUUGUAAGGCCUUAAUCCACAUUACUGACUGGUACCCAACCUUGGUUACACUCGGUGAAGGUAUGCUUGAUGAGAAUCAGAACCUGGAUGGCUAUGACGUUUGGGAGUCGAUCAGCGAAGGGCGCCCAUCUCCACGUCAUGACAUUCUCCACAACAUCGAUCCCAUUUACAGCAAAGCUAAGAAUGGCUCUUGGAAGGCAGGAUAUGGGAUCUGGAACACAGCGAUCCAGGCAGCUCUCCGUGUUGGGGACUGGAAACUCCUGACAGGUGUUCCAGGCUACAGUGACUGGGUUCCACCACAAACCUUUUCCAAACAGAUGUUGAGCAAUCGCUGGCACAGUGAGCGUGUGCGUUGGGAUCGAGGCAAGUCAAUUUGGCUCUUUAACAUCACAGCUGACCCUUUUGAGCGUGUGGAUCUGUCAAGACGUUACCCACACAUAGUGAAAAAGAUGCUACUCAGACUUUUACAGUACAACAAGACAGCCGUGCCAUGCCGCUACCCACCCAAGGACUACAGGUCCAAUCCUCAGUACAAUGGAGGGGUCUGGGGACCUUGGUACUCAGAUGUUGAUGAACAUGAGAAUGAAAAUAAUAGCAUUCUUUCCAAUAAUUUACAGAAGACUAAAAAAGAGAAAAAAGUGAAACAUAAAGGGAAUUUGAAAAGGAAAGCUGAUGACGUCUUGGUUCUUCAUUUGCAGUGACUUAUGUUUUAUGCAGAUUCCAGUACUCAGGGACUGACAGGCAGUCUUGAUCUGUUCACAUGAUUUUUCACUGACAGAGUUUUAUACUUGGAUAAAUUUACCUCUAGUUAGAUAUUUUAUAUGUAAGCAACAGGAAUCGGCUGUUAUGCAUCUGAUUCUUAUGAGGAAACCCACUUAAACACUGCUGUUUCCAGCUUAGAAUUGGACAAUGCUUGUUAGAGCUUUAAGAAAAAGAUAUAUAUUUAUUUUUAACAAUUUAUUGCAUGCUCAACCUUCCUUGGCCUUCAUAUUGUUUUAUGAUGUAUAGACUAAUGAUAGAUUCAAAAGAAAUUAUAAAAUAUACAGGGUGUUCCAAAAGUCUCCAUACAUAGGGGAAAUUAGCACUUUUCUUCCAAUUUUUUCAUCCUUGGUAUAUAUAUAUAUAUAUAUAUAUAUAUAUAUAUAUAUAUAGAUAGAUAGAUAGAUAGAUAGAUAGAUAGAUAGAUAGAUAGAUAAAGAUAAAAUUAGGGAUGUCACGAGGACUGAUACUUUGGUACCAAGUCGGUACCAAUAUUCUUACAACGUGACGGUACUUGUUUUUCUACACUAGUGUUGGUAUCGAUUCUAAUGGAGAUUGAAAUUCUUCCGGACCUGAUGGGGGCAGCAAAUACGCGGAAGUGUUUUAGUCGGUCCACAAGUGAUAAAGAAGAAGAGGAACGCCUACAAGCACAUGAGAAAAACUACAGAAGAUUAGCUUAGUUUAACAAGUUUAACUCCGCCCCGACUCGUUGAGAGGAAAAGAGAGGAAAGCUAGUAUCAGUUUCCGGUGUGCAACCGAUGCUAUUGUUAAUUUCAAACAAAGCGAGGAAACACCUGGAAUUUGGCGAAGCACCUGAAAGAUGGUUGUAUAUUAUGUUUGUUUGAGGCAGCUGGUAUUGUGGCCUUGAAACCAGCUAACGUUAUGCUCCAUGUAAUGUUAGUGAUAGCCAGUUAUUUGUUAACGACGCUAACACAUUGCGAUGUUAUAAACUACCUCCUAAUGGGCCACCAUGCAGCGCCUUUCAGCCCGGGUCCUGUCAGCUAAAUGUAGCCUAAUGUCACUAAUAAUUAUUCAAAUGUUCAUGCUUUUAAUAAAUCUUUUUGGCCUGCCACCAUAUAAGUGAAUUUAAACUAAUGCUUGCAUUCAGAGUAUAAGGCGGGUGUGUGCGUGUGCGUGUGCGUGUGCGUGCGCGCAUGUUUAGGGGUGCACCGCCACUCAUUGUCGGACAGUGUUUGAUAACUAAAAUACCACCCCCACACUCUCUUUGCCAGUAUCAGUCAGGGGAGGAUGUCCUCCAGGAAGGUUUUUAAUUAAUCAAUUUUAUUUUUUUUAUACCACACCUUGGGAUCGACUUUGGAUUUGAGUAUCGUGUACUUUUGGUGGUAUUGGUACCGACUACUAGAUUUUUGGUAUCGUGACAUCCCUAAUAAAUAAAUUAUAUAUAUGUAUAUAUAUAUAUUUCCCCUUGAGAUAGCCUUUAAGAAUGCCUUUGACAAACGAAGAACAUAUUGAACUCAUUCUCAUGGCUGAAUCGGGGAGUUGUUGCAAGGGUGUGAUGGACUUUAACAGGAAACAUAUCAAGCACAUCACACACAACACUGUUGCCAAACUUAUUAACAAAUUUAAAAAAGAGUGGAAGUGUGAUGGAUCAACUGAGAAGUGGACGUCCACGGCAAUCCACUGAUGAGGCACAACUGACGUGGUGCUGGCAUACUGUACUUAGUCCCUUAUGAAUGGAGACUUUUGGGACACCUUGUUUAAAACACAAUUGUUUGUCAAAGUAAUCUAUUAAAGACGAAUAUUGUGUUCCGUGCAGAUGCAGUUUAGGCCCAGAAUCAAAACCAUGUAAAACAGUAGUUUUACUGAUAAACCUUAUGGUUGAAUACAGUUGAUGUUUCACGCACUUAGAAUUUUCCAGUACUGUGUUUGAAUUGUGUUUGUUCUUUUGUGUUGUGUGGUCCAGUACCAGUUGGAACGCAAUAAAACAAAAAUGUGAACUCUU